AUGUCAAUCUAUAUUACUAGACACGGUUUAAGAGAAGAUUGGAUCAAUAAAGCAUGGAAACUUACAGCUGCAAGACCAUCUGAUUCACCAUUAAGUGCAGCUGGUUUACAAGUCGCUAAAGAAUUAGGUUUAUUUUGUAAAAAAUUAGAUAUUAAACAUGUUAUCUCUUCACCAAUGGAAAGAUGUCUUCAAACCAGCACUCAAAUUGCUGAUCAGUUAGAUAUUCCAAUUAAAGUUGAUUAUGGGGUCAUUGAGUGGGUAGGUCCAAACCCACGACAAGUAGAUAUUUUAAAUCCACUUUCAAAUGAGGAAUUAAAAAAAACCUACCCAAGAGUAGAUUUAAGCUAUCAACCAACAACUAAAGAUAUCCCAAAAAAAGAAACAAUGGAAGAAUUACAUAAUAGAUCAAGAAUAGCAGUUGAAAAACUUAUGGAGAAAUUUAAAAAUGAACCAUUCAUUAUUGUAUCACAUGCUGCCACAAUGAUUGCUUUAGGUAGAGGUAUUUUAAAGGAUGAUCAGUACCCAAUCAGAACUGGUGUUUGUACUUUAAGUAAAUUUAAUUUUGAUAAGGACCAAAAUAAAUGGAAUUGCGAAUAUACUGAAAAUGGUGAACAAGAACAUUGGACAUUCAGAACCUAA